ACCCGUUAUUUCUUUACAGUUUACCUAUGGUCUUUUAAUAUAAAUGUUUCUUAGAUUCCGAACCUCUUAAUUACUGUUGUUAAAACUACUGUAUAGUUGUGUUCAGCACUAUUCGAAAAGGGGAGUGUGCUAAGUUUUAAAAAUAAAGUUGUGUUUUGUUAAGGGUCAUGUUGGCAAAUACAGAAAUUCGCAAUUUAAAAGAGGGCACCCUCGAUACUAUAAUAAAAAUUUUGCAUAUUGUAGAAGACGAUUGGAAGAAAUUCAUGGCUUUUAUACCCAUGGACCCUCAGAAGGAAAACUCCGAUCGUAAAUACAAUAGUGAGCACAUAAGAUUGAUUGAGGAGCAUUCCAGGGUUAUCAAUGAAAAAUGUGCUAAAAUUUUGUUUGAUGAAUGGGGGACCUCCGGCCAAAUCAGACCAACACUGAAGACAGUGCAACAAAUUGCAUUGAAAGCAGAGAUGAUGCGGCUUGCGGAUGAAAUAGCUGACAUUUUGAGAGAGCCUCAUCCCCCACGGCCAACACAAGGACCAGGAGCUCCUGUCACUGAAAACAUCUCACUUUUAUUGAAUGAGAGCAGCUCAGAAAUCAGGGACACAACUGCACAAAUGAAGUCUGUAAAUAAUGAAACUAAUAAUGACAUACAAGGACAGAGUACUGGACAAGUAUAUAACAUACCUAAUUUUAAGCUAAUAGCAAAGUCUGUUGGCAGCGAUGAGUCCUAUAAACAAGAAUCCAGCAAUCAACAGUUUAGUGAACAAUUGCAUGAUCAACAACCCUAUAUUCAACAAGUUAACUUCCAGUCUUCCAGUCAUCAAUUGGAUUAUCAAUCUGAAUAUCAGCAAUUUCAGACUUCUGUGCCAAAUAUUCCUAUAUUUCAAGGAACAACUGAAGGUCUGACACUGAGUAGUAAAAUAGAUUCAUCAAUCCUCCAAGACCCGGACUUGACUCACUUUGAUUAUGAGGAAUUACAAACUGCAACAAAUAAUUUUUCUGAUAUCUGUAAAAUAGGAUCUGGUGGGUUCGGGAUUGUGUUCAAAGCUCCCCACCCCAGACACGGCAUGCUGGCCGUCAAGAAAACUCACAACCAGCCCAACCAAGCAGAAGUGAUGAGAACAUUUAAUACCGAAGUACGGUAUCUUUCGCAAUUUCGCCAUAUAAACAUAGUUCCAAUCUUGGGAUUUUCUAAAAAUGGUCCAGUGCCUUGUAUUGUUUGCGAAUUCAUUGAAGGUGGAUCUUUGAUUGAAAAAAUAGCUGAAAAAGUGUUAAAUGAGAGGCAGAGGAUAACUAUCAUGCAGGGAACGGCGGAGGGGCUCCGCUACCUGCACAGCAACCGAACAUACCAUCCCACCGCGCCGUUAGCAACAUACCCCAGCGCACAAAAUGUCUCCAGAAUUAACUUCGUCCAUGGUGACGUCAAAAGCGCAAACAUUUUGCUUACAAAAGACUUUGUCCCCAAGCUCUGUGACUUCGGCCUGACGAAAUCAUACGAAGAAACAUUCAUCAUGCCAACAACAUUUGGAACAAAAGUUUACAUGGCACCCGAGGCGAUACAAGGCACCGUCACUCCGAAAUCAGACAUAUUCAGCUACGGAAUCGUCUUACUAGAACUCUUAACCGGCCUCAAACCUUUUGUCUUAGCAGACAAUACAAAAAUAGACAUUAAGACUUACAUUUAUGAGGGUACGAGUUGUGGGAAAAGUAUUUAUGAAUUUCUUGACCAAUCUACUCAAUGGACAAAGGCUGUAGAUAUCUUUAUGUUAGUUAAGAAAUGUUUGGAGAAUAACAGGCAUGACCGGCCGACAAGUGAAGCUAUAUGUAAUAUAUUAAAUGCCUUUAUUAACAACUGAGGUGCUAUACAUCUGUGAUGAGUUAAGCCUAGGACCUAGAGACCUGAAUUUAAAGUCUAACUUUUAGGAGUUGUAUCUUGAUAGUCGCAGUAUUAAAAUAUUUAUCAUAUAGAUAAGUGUA